AUGCUCUUUCGUCAGACUUUCGUAGCUCUAGCAGAGCAUGCUGGUAGAGCUUCCAAAUCCAUACCUAGCGUUAAGCUUGCGUAUAAAAAUAUGCUAAAAGAUCCUUCAGUGAAAUAUAGAACUUUCCAGCCACCAAAGAUGACAAGCAGGCAAUGGCCUGAUAAGACUAUCACGAAGGCUCCACGUUGGCUUUCGACAGACUUGAGAGAUGGUAAUCAAUCGCUCCCGGAUCCCAUGUCGGUCGAACAAAAGAAGGAAUACUUCCACAAACUGGUUGAGAUCGGCUUCAAGGAAAUUGAGGUUUCUUUCCCAUCUGCUUCCCAGACCGAUUUCGAUUUCACUCGUUAUGCGGUUGAAAAUGCUCCAGAUGAUGUUAACAUCCAAUGUCUAGUUCAAUCCCGUGAACAUUUGAUUAAGAGAACCGUUGAAUCCCUAACUGGUGCCAAGAGAGCCACUAUUCACACUUAUCUAGCUACAAGUGAUCUUUUCCGUGAUGUUGUCUUCAACAUGUCCAGAGAAGAGGCCCUUAAGAAGGCCGUUGAAGCCACUAAGCUAGUUAGAAAAUUGACUAAGGAUGAUCCAUCUCAACAGGCUACCCGUUGGUCGUACCAGUUUUCUCCAGAGACCUUCAGUGACACUCCAGUGGAAUUCGCUGUGGAGAUCUGUGAAGCUGUUAAGGCCGCUUGGGAACCUACCGAGGAGAACCCAAUUAUUUUCAACUUGCCAGCUACCGUUGAAGUGAGUACUCCAAACGUAUACGCUGAUCAGAUUGAAUACUUCGCUACUCAUAUCUCUGAGCGUGAAAAGGUGUGUAUUUCUACCCAUUGUCACAACGACCGUGGUUGCGGUGUCGCUGCUUCCGAAUUGGGUGUCCUAGCGGGUGCUGAUCGUGUUGAAGGUUGUCUCUUUGGUAACGGUGAACGUACUGGUAACGUUGAUCUUGUCACUGUGGCUUUGAACAUGUACACUCAAGGUAUUGCACCUGAAUUAGACUUCUCCGACAUCACUUCUUUGAUUGAAGUCGUUGAACGUUGUAACAAGAUCCCAGUCUCUCCAAGAGCUCCAUACGGUGGUGAUCUUGUCGUUUGUGCCUUCUCUGGCUCUCACCAGGAUGCUAUCAAGAAGGGUUUCAGCUUGCAAGACAAGAGACGUGCUCAAGGUGACCAAAAAUGGGCUAUCCCAUACCUACCAUUGGAUCCAAAGGAUAUUGGCCGUGACUACGAAGCUGUCAUCAGAGUCAACUCUCAAUCCGGUAAAGGUGGUGCUGCUUGGAUCAUCUUGAGAUCUCUUGGUUUGGACUUGCCAAGAAACAUGCAAAUCGAAUUCUCUACCAAGGUGCAAAAUGAAGCUGACUCUCUAGGUAGAGAAUUGAAAUCCGAUGAGAUUACAAAGGUCUUCAAGGAGGCUUACAACUACAACAACGAAAUUUACAACGAAAUUAGUCUAAUCGACUACAACGUCGAGAAGGAAGGUGCCGAACGUAGAAACUUGACUGGUCAAGUUUCCAUCAAUGGUAACGUCCAUGACAUCCAAGGUUCCGGUAACGGUCCAAUUUCUUCUCUAGUCGACGCUUUGUCGAACUUGUUGAACGUGAGACUCGGUGUUGCCAAUUAUACCGAGCACUCUCUAGGUUCUGGUUCUUCCACACAGGCCGCUUCCUACGUGAUGAUGUCUUACAGACGUAACAGCGACAACGAAAUGGCUUAUCAAUGGGGUGUCGGCGUCUCUGAAGAUGUCGGGGAUGCUUCCAUCAAAGCCAUCUUCUCCACUGUGAACAACAUUGUUCACUCCGGUGAAGUCGCUUUGCCAAGCUCCAACACUGCAAAGGCGGCAGGAUCGGCCUAA